AUGUCGCAAAAGCAAAAAUCAAAAAAGAAAAGGUUCAACCAAGCGGAGGAGAAUUUGAAAGUGAACGCUGACGUGGAAUCUGAAGGCCUGCACUCAAAGUCAUCUUCAUCAAAUGCCCAGAAAGCAGAUACGAUGAAAGAUGCAUCUGGAUCUGGCGCGAACGUCGAGGCCUUCGAUUCGCCAGUCAAAGUGGAUAGCUCCGUCAAUGAUUGGGAGGAGCCGCUGGAGACGCUUGCACCCACCCUCAGCAGGGCCAAAUCCGCUUUGGAAGAAGCCCUAGCUGUUGAUGAAAGUUUGCCGUGGCGGCGAGGACGCUUAGUACUAUUGGGCCAAGGCCGGGCUGGAAAGACCUCCACUGUGAGAUCGUUGGUGGGAAAGAGAUUCGAUGAGAUGCAGACGUCAACCUUGGGUGUCGAGACUUCAAGCUGUGAGAUUCAUCGCAGUGAUGCAAAGGACUGGCUGGAAUCGGAGCAUGUGUCUGAAACGGAGGGCCUCAUUAAACAGCUGCUGGAAACACGGACCACGAAGGCUGAGAAAGAUGCGAAAGCUGAGACAGAUGCCUCAGGCGUGCAAAAGGAUGUGACGAGGGCGAAGCCUCAACGCAAAUUGUCAACAGCAAUGGUCAGACGGCUGCCGGUUGAAGAUGUGGCAACCAGAUUGGAUCAGAUGACAUCUCUCGGUCUCAAAGAGGAUGGCGCAAGGUCGAUUACGUUCUCUACUUGGGAUUUUGGUGGCCAGUCAGUCUUUCACAACCUGCACCAUUUGUUUCUUAGUCGGUACAGCGUGUAUUUGGUGGUGUUCAAGAUGACUGCACUGCUGAAAGAUGCAAAAGGCACGGUGGAGAUGGUGCGGUACUGGUUGAAUUCAUUGGCCUUGCAUGCGAAGGGCGCUCCUAUCCUUCUUGUUGGGACACACAAGGACCAAGUCAUAAAGGACAGAGAGCACCACGAGAUCAGUGAGGUACUGUUGGAGAUCUUAGGCGAUCGCUUGAAAGAGCAGGUGACACCUUUUGCCCGAGAGGAAGGUGAGGGAUUGUGGUUUUACCCCAUCGACAACUCCAUCAGUGGACAUUCGGUCGAUCCAGUGGUGGUUGAACUGCGUCACGCGAUCGAGGCAUGUGCCAAAGAAGAUCCGGAAGAAUACUUGGAAAGACCAAUACCCGUUCGCUGGCGUGGCCUUUUGGAUCUGCUACUCUCGCGGAAGGAGUCUUUCCUAACCAUGCAGGAGAUGAAGGUCCUGGCGGAAGAACAGUGUUUGCCAGCCUGGCAGUUGAUGCCAAUGUUGGAGAUGUUUCAUGAGCUGGGAGUGCUUUUCCAUUUCUCCACGCCUAUAGAGCUUCGAGAAAUUGUGAUUCUACAGCCUCAGUGGCUUGUGAGCGGCAUUUGUCAGGUGAUUUUUGAUUGGAGCCUACAUGAACAAGAACACCACAAGCAGAUCAAGCUUGAGAUGAAAUCAACCUAUGACGCCUGGCGUGAGAAGGGCAUCGUUACCCGGCGAUUGCUGGAUCGAUUGUGGGAAUUUGGCUUUCAAGAGCCAGCCCUCAAAGAGUUUUUAUUGCGCUUCAUGGAAGAAGUGGCGUUGCUUUGUGAGGUCGAGCCUGACACAUUCCUAGUUCCAUGCCUGUUACCAGAUGAGUCUGGACCAAUCAAAGCCUCAGCACAUUGCACUUUCUUCUUGAACUUCCAACCAUCCUUUUUGCCGGAUAGUUUGUUCAGACGUUUGAUCUGCUACGCCGUGCAGAAAUCCAGUGGGCGCAAGCAAGAGCUGCAAUUGUUUGCCUCACGUGCCGUAAUGUCCUUUGAAGGGCAUGAAUGUUGCAUCAUCGCCCAUUUGGAAUCUGAUCUUAUUCAAGUCGAUUUGCAUUCUGAUCAUCCCACUGGUGCCUGGCUGGUGCUGCACACCAUCACGAACUUGGUGGAGCACUUGCGUCUAGAUUUCAUGAAGGAGAUCCGGUAUGAAGUGCAACUCUGCCACAAGGCACUUGAGAAGGCACGGGAUAUGCGAAUACCCAAGCUGGAGGUCGAGAAUGCACGGAAGAGCAGGCUCACCAAGUUCCGGCCGAAAGGGACCACACGUUUAGUCCAGACAUCUCACUUUGAUGGAUUCUUCAAUGCAGAGAGGACGCCUCCCAGCGUGUUGGUGGACUCUCAGUGGCGUCAGCUGAAAAGUACCUGGCCAUUCUUAGCCAGGCAUGACAGUCAAUUUGGAGCAACUGAACGGGCUGCGCUCUAUUCGUACUUGCGUGAUCCUGCGCAGUGGGGCAUCUCUUGGAAUGCCUUGGAAAGCAUCGAGAAGGAUGCCAAAGAGAAGUUUGGAGCGGAUUUUCGAAAGAAAAGCAUGCCCCUUUGCUGCGCAUUUGAUGUUGAAUGCCAUGAACGCUGUAAACGCCACAUGAACUUGCCCAUUUUGACCAAAGCAGAGUUGACUUUGCAGAUUGAUCCCAACUCCAGGUUCUUUGUGACCCAGUCUGGGUCCAUGGAGGUGAGUGUACCUCGGAGCAAAGUUGUCGCAGAAUCGCUCUUCUUCAGACCAGCCGCUCCCCGUUUGCAUGAAGCGAUUGAAGUAGGAUGUGCCUUCGGUGGCCUGGCAUUGCUUUACAAUUGCCCUCGCACCGCCACAGUGAAAGCGACCAGUGACAGCCAGGCUAGUGGCACUGCCUUCAAGCAAAUGUUGCAGCACAAUGCUACCAAGCACCAGGCCGAGACCUUGAAGUUUUUGGACUCCACCAGCAUUUUUGAGGGCCUCACAAAGAAGCAAAAGAUUGGCCUGGCAGAGGCCACCUUCUCAGAGGUCUUCGAAGACAAGGACCGUAGAGCGCGCGUGGUCACUGCUGGCGAUUUGCAGACCGCGAUCUACUUCGUCAAGAAAGGCGAGCUCAAGGAGUUUUCGGGCGGCAGCGUGUUCAACAACACCAUCGUUUCCCAGGGCCGUUCUGAACUCCUGUGCGUCAGCGUGGCCGAGCUCAAGGACAAGGAUGUGAAGUUAGGACGUCGAGAUUAUCUGGAGGAUGAGGCCUUGCUUCACCCAAGCACUUCCAGCGAGAAGAAAAGCCUCGUAGCUGGGGAGCAAGGUGCACGGCGAGUGCAGAAGAUGCCUCGGACUUCACCCGAAAAAAUGCUGUUGGCGAAGAAGGUGCACAUUUUCAGGCAUCUUUCAGAAGAGCAGACGAAGCGGGUAGUGGAAUCAUUCGACACGAAGAAGUACUCCAAAGGUGAUACAGUCAUCAAACAAGGUGAGCCUGGCACUUCUUUCUUCGUGAUCGCCUCGGGUGAGCUGGAGGUCUUCAUUAAGGAUCAAGCAGGUGAAGAGAAACGCGUGCGAAGCAUGGCGAAAAACUCCUACAUCGGUGAGCGGGCGUUACUGUUCCACGAGCCACGGACAGCAACGGUGAAGGUCAUUUCGCAAGAUGCAGAGCUUUGGGCGAUUGAGAAGGCUACCUUCGAAAAGAUUAUUGCUGGAAAUAUGCAGCAGCAGCUGAUGAAUCGCAUCAGGCUGCAGGACACAAACUUUGGCCUCAAGGAUUUGAUCCAAGUGAAAGUGAUUGGUGCAGGUGCUGCAGGCGUGGUGCGAUUGGUGGAGCACAACUUCACUCGCACACGCUAUGCGCUAAAACGCGUAAAGAAAGUGGACGGCGAAGUACCCGAAGAAGUGCAGCGCGAGUGCUCAUUGUUGAAAGACAUUGAUCAUCCUUUUAUCAUGACGCAAGUUAACACCUUCGAGACAAAGAAGAGCGUGUAUAUCCUUACUGAGCUCAUCACUGGUGGAGAGCUGCAUGGUGCAAUCCGAGAAAUCCCAACGGUGCUUGGUCGAGCGCAGGCGCAGUUCUACACUGGCUCUUUGGUGAUUGUCCUGGAGGAGCUCUCGGAGCGCAACAUUUUGUACAGGGAUUUAAAGCCGGAGAAUGUGAUGUUAGAUGCCCAGGGCUAUUUGAAGCUCAUAGAUUUUGGCAUCGCCAAGAAGUUGCCUGAUGGAGAAUCAAAGACCUUCACCAUGAUUGGCACUCCACAUUACAUGGCACCUGAAGUCAUGCGUGGGCACGGCUAUGGGACGGAGGUCGACCUUUGGUCCAUGGGAGUUAUGCUUUUUGAAUUUGUUUGCGGCUACUUACCCUUUGCGGAUGACCUUGAUGAUCCGACGGAGGUGUGCACUGCUGUGCUGAAGGACACCCUACAGUUCCCGUCGAGCUACAAGGACGCUAAUGGCAAAACCUUGAUGAAAGGUUUGCUGACCCGACAGCCCCGGAAACGCUUGGGUUCUGGGCUUGGUGGAUGGGAGGAUGUGCGUGGUGCAGAGUAUUUCUUGCACGGCCACGCGGGUGGCUCCUUGUUCGACAAGCUCUUGGGCCGUGAGCUGCAGCCUCCGUGGGUGCCAAAGGCGGGUUGCUUUGGAAGAAGUAGCCUUUGA